CGCGGGCCGCGAGGCCUGGGUCGGGCCGCGCCGUGCGGGGCCGCUGGGAGUGGAGGCCUCUUGGGGGCGGGCGGGCUGGAGGCGCAGGUACAUGUGAAGAUUUCUUGGCAGAUCAAACCAUUGAUCACCUUGUCUUCAUUUCUACUUGUUCUGUGUUGACAAGGGAGCGUGCCCAAAUGAGCAAGGUAUCACAGCAGAACACUAUUCCGGGCGUGAAUGGAAUAAGUGUCAUUCAUACUCAGGCUCAUGCCAGCGGCUUACAGCAGGUUCCUCAGCUGGUGCCCGCCGGCCCUGGGGGCGGAGGCAAAGCUGUGCCUCCAAGCAAGCAGAGCAAAAAGAGUUUGCCCAUGGAUCGCAACAGUGAUGAGUAUCGUCAGCGCAGAGAGAGGAACAACAUGGCGGUGAAAAAGAGCCGGUUGAAAAGCAAGCAGAAAGCGCAGGAUACGCUGCAGAGAGUGAAUCAGCUCAAGGAAGAGAAUGAACGGUUGGAAGCAAAAAUUAAAUUGCUGACUAAGGAAUUAAGUGUACUGAAAGAUUUAUUUCUUGAGCAUGCACACAACCUCGCAGAUAAUGUGCAAUCCAGUAGCACUGAAAAUACGACAGAUUCUGAUAAUGCAGGACAGUAGACCUCACCCCUUUCAAACGUCACAACUUGUGGCUUUAACGUUAAAGGUGUGACUACCUACACUACUCGUAUCAGCGGCUGAAUCUCCAUUAUUCAAAGAUCCAUUGAAGGUUGUUUUCUAGAAUAAGCACUGAAGAGUUGAUUAGCUAAAAAUGUUAGCCAUAUAAUUUGAAUAUCUGGUUUUAAAUGAUAAGGAUUUUUGUGGGGAUAAAAAACAGUUUUAGAGGUAUAUGGUAAAAAAAAAAAAAAUGCCCUGGAGCUUGAUGUUCUUAAUAAAUCCUGACUCCC